CCUCAGAGCUCCUCACAGACCGCAUCCCACUCGACCCCCGGCCGAAAUAGUCCCAUAUCUAUGCCCACCUCAUUGGACACCACUUCCGCCACUCAACUUCUGGCCACUUUCAACAGCAACCUCAAUACAGCCUCACCUACUGUUCCCUCUGCGUUAAUAAACUCCGCUCAAGAAAUGAUUACCAAACCAGAGGCAAACAACAGCCCAAACAGUGCUAAGAAGCGUAAGACAGGGCCCGGUGCUAAAGGGGGCAGUCGUGCCACCAAAAAGCAGUCCAACAAUUCAGUCGACUCUCUCACUGUAGACUCGAAUAGUGAGUUGGGGUCGAGUACUGACAGCCAGUCCAUUGAAAUCUCACACAAUGGCUCUGCAAACCAAGAGAGCAGUACUCAAGCGAAUGCUGUGGUUCACGGGAACGGUGGCAAGGAUUUGACGACUGGAUCGCAACAAACACCUGAGACGGAAGCCAAUGGAAGCGAUCCGCCGAAGACUAGUAAGAAAAAGAAGAACCGAUGCACUAAAUGUAAAGUAAAUGUGGGCGUCAUUGGGUUUCCGUGUCGAUGUGGUGGCACUUUCUGCAGUACUCACCGGUACGCCAAUGAACACAACUGUUCGUUCGACUAUCGAGAACACGGCGCUGAAGAGAUCCGCAAAAACAAUCCACAAGUGAUCGGAGAGAAAGUGACGAAGAUUUGAGGGAUAUAUUUAUGAAUAGAUUAUUACAAACCGGUCUCUUAUUAUAGUUUAUACAAUUGAAUUGAAUUAUAGCUAAAUUACAUUUUGGGUAUUCAUUCAUAAAACUCUUUAAAACAAUUGUCAUUAUUUUCCAAAUCAUCAAAUCAUUACGAGAAGUCAAAACCCAUUAAAUCACUAUUUUAUGUCUGCAAUCAUUAUUACGAUUACAACAAUUGACGAGACAUUAGAAACAAAUUCUAUAAAUUGAUUAUUGAUUCUGAUUAAUACCACACACCUCACACCAAUUCAGAUAACAGUUUUUGUAAUAUUAUUUAAAUUGAUUUAAUGGCAGUUGAGAUAGACUUUUGCUUAUAUUAUGUAUUAUACGAAACGUCAUAAUUGUUAACAAUUUCUCUCUAUUAUUGCAUCCGUUUAUUGUUAUAUAAAUAGAAACUCUUGUGUCUAAACUCGAUCUAAAUCUAACGCCAAUUUAUAUUAUAUUUAUUUAAUUUUCUUAUUAUUGAUAACAAAUAGAUAUCUAUUAUCUGAUUCGCGAUCAGUGCAUACAUGAGACCCCGAACGCCAGUCCAGUCAUUAUUGAUUUUUAUAUUGAAUCUAAUGUUUAUAUAUGGCUUUGAUUUGAAUUGUUUAUAGUUUUAAUAUAGAGUUACCGCAGGUAACCAUCGCUUGUAUGUUUGUCACUAAUAUCUCUUCAAUUGUGACUUAUUUCAUGACAUGACUGGUGGACACCGUUAGUCUCAUGUAUUAAAACUAUAGAAUUAAUGAUUAAACAAUAAAUAAUAAUUUGAUGCCAUUUUGCAAUUGAUGUCAUCUUUUGCCUCAUUUGAUAGUUUCAAGUAAUCUGUAUUUGCAUUGCAGUUAUCAUACAAUACGAUACAAUACUAUUAAUAUACAAUACAUGUAAAUGACCUGAAAAUCAAUUAUAUUAUCAAUUUUUGAAGAUUU